UAAAGAAACAUAAGUAUUUGUUUCCGGAACAGUUGAUAUCUUAAUUGUAUAUAUCUAUGAUGCAGUUGCCAUGUUGUAUUUUACAAUAGUGUUAUAACAUUGAUGACGUAAAACAAAAAUAGCAAACAGCAUGAAGAGAGGCUUAGAUGUAUUAACUAGUAAAAGAGAACAAUGUCGAAACAAAAAUAUGUCUCCAUUAAUGAAACCAUGCUCAGGCUCAGAGCCUACAUGCAUGAAGAUACCGACCGGAAGUAAAAGAAGACGGUCCGUCGAGGAAAAUACUUGGCCAUGUGAGGGAAGUUCAUAUCCGUACAUGAGUAGCCCACACAGUGUUGGGACAACGGAACUAUCUACUUCUGACCACAGGUUCAUGCCGCUGCGGCCAGUAGGCUUGUCAACAAAAGAAGGUAGUGACCAUCAAUGUAUUGCAGAAGGAACGUCUAUGGAAUCAAUGUCAACGGAAGGAGAGCCCAUAUCGUCAUGUUUGCAUGAAGCUAUGGAAGAAUCAAAAGUACCUUUUGAACGUGACGGUGUACGCUAUGCAAUGAGUUCAGACAGUAUUUCCGCGGGAAAACUAGUCGAAAUUGUACGUCAUCAAGUGAGUCAUGUAAAAGCAAGCUCGGAAAAAGAGAUACUUUCAGAAAAAGAAGUUACGCGAAUCGCGGAGUGUAUUGGUAAAGGCUGGGAAUUUCUGGCAAGUGAGUUAGAAAUAGACCAGACAAGUAUUGACACGAUCAAAGAUGACCACUGUAAAAAUAUGCGUAUGCAAAUAAGGACUAUGCUGUUGCAGUGGAAACAUAGAGAAAAGGCUGCAGCUACAAAAGAGGCGAUGAAGAAAGCAAUUUGUGACACACCAUCAUUAGUUUUAAACUGGGAAAAACUGAACGAUAUCAUCAAAUAGUUUGUUGAUCACGGAAAUAUUAAAAUAAAAACAAUCAGUUUGUACAUUUAUUGUACUCGUUCUUUGAUAUAUUUUAAUCAGCAUUCAUAAAUCA